UAAACACUCACACACUCACACAUCUUCACACUAGCAAUCAGGGCUUCAUCCUCUGGACAUUUAUCUUCACUGAAUACAGCAAAAAGCUUGUUCAUUUGCACUUUAAAAAAUGGGCGUCUUCUUCUCUAACAUUUUCUCACGUCUCUUUGAGAAGAAAGAGAUGAGGUUGCUUAUGGUUGGUCUGGAUGCAGCAGGGAAAACAACAGUCCUCUACAAACUCAAACUUGGUGAAGUUGUCACAACCAUUCCAACUCUAGGCUUUAAUGUUGAGACAGUUGAAUAUAAAAACAUCUCCUUCACGGUGUGGGAUGUCGGCGGUCAGGACGUUAUCAGACGCCUCUGGAGACAUUACUAUCAGAACACUAAGGGUCUGAUCUUUGUGGUGGACAGCAGUGAUCCUGAGAGGAUUGAAACGGCAGCAGAGGAACUAAAAAUGAUGCUGGAGGAGGAUGAGAUGAGAGACGUGGUUCUGUUAGUUCUUGCUAACAAGCAGGAUUUACCCAAAGCCAUGACAGUCUCUGAGCUGACAGACAGACUGGGUUUACACACACUGAGAGGAAGACAGUGGUUCGUUCAGCCCACAUGUGCGGUUCAAGGAUCAGGUUUAUAUGAAGGACUGGAUUGGCUCUCGGAUCAACUGUCCAAACGAUAAAACACACAAAAUCAUAACUGAACGCAUAUGUCUCCAGAUUUGUUUUAUUUUGGGAUAUUUAUGGAAUAUUGUUAAACAUUCUAAUAUAUAAUUCUAAUUCACUGUAUAUUUAACUUACUACUGGUGUAAAUACACUUUUGUACAUGUCUGCCUUCAAAAUGUGCCUUUCAAAUGUCUUCAAUAAAUGCUGUA